UCUCGUGACUCCAAAAAACAAGGAUCUUAAUUCCUUAAUUUCUCUGCAUAGCUUUUCCUUCCAUUUUCCCAUUCUCUGUUGCUUGCUCCCCCCACCCUUUUCCUUCUUUCCACAUUUCGCAGGGCGCUUCUUCAUUAUUCUUGGCAAAAUGGCAAAUGCGGCGUCCGGAAUGGCUGUGCACGAUGAGUGCAAAUUGAAGUUCCAGGAACUAAAAGCAAAGAGGAUCUAUCGAUACAUUGUAUUCAGAAUUGAUCAGCAACAAGUUGUGGUCGAUAAAUUAGGAGGACCUCAUGACACCUACGACGAUUUCCAGGCCAGUUUGCCAAACGACGAGUGUCGUUAUGCUGUCUACGAUUUCGAUUUCACUACCGACGAGAAAUGCCAGAAGAGCAAGAUCUUCUUUGUUGCAUGGUCCCCUGACAGUUCAAGGGUGAGGAUGAAGAUGGUGUAUGCAAGUUCCAAGGACAGAUUCAAGAGGGAGUUGGAUGGCAUUCAAGUCGAACUUCAAGCAACUGAUCCAAGCGAGAUGAGCUUGGACAUUGUCAAAGCCCGAGCCAUCUGAUCUUAGAAGGAACCAAUUCACCCUCUCUCAUCAUCAAUUCGAUCCCUCCUACUGUUUGUUUCAUCAUUUUCUUCUUAGCUUGGAUUCAACUUCCACUAAUCCAAAAGAAAACUCACUCGCAUGUACUAUUAUUAUCUUCGACUUCACUCAAUUAUAUGCUCAACAGAUAUAUUAUUUUAGAGUGCCUGCCACUAUUCUGUCAUUUUCUUUU